AACGUUUUUUAAUUCUGUCGAGAGCUGUGAAAAAUUCUGCAGUUUGGAUGUUCUUGUUGGCAUUUUUUAAGGGAAAUUUGUUCUUACCAUCAAUGAGUCACCCCUUUGGACCUAAUGGACCCUACUUCUGGCGACCCUGUCAGCGGGAUCGUUUUCCCAGUCUGAUCGAUGCUAUGGGCGUCACGGGGGAUGGUCUGGUGUCCAGCCUGGGAAGCUCGGAAAUCGCAGAUAUGGGCUCUCGCAUGAAAAGGGGUCGCUUGAGUACUUGCGAAGCCGAAAAGCGAGCGACCCAAGCGGCAUUGAAAGCGAACCUACCACCGCCAAGACUAUAUUUACGCUCCACAUCACGGGGAUGGCGUCGGGCCAUCGAUAUUUUCAUGCCACGAUUUCAACCAGACGAGAACAUGGUCUCCUCAGAGGGGGAUCAGUGGUCAGAGGACCAAGCGAAGUCCUCAUUCAAGGAGCGAUUGAUAUCAGUGGCAAAUAAUCUGCAGCUUCCGGCUGCCCCUCGGCAAGUGGACGAACUACCCUACACAGGCACCUGCCCACACUGCCAGCAACUAGGCAGUGAUGACGUAAAGAACGACGACCGCGGUCGCUUCAUGGCACGCCGCAUCUUCCAAAACAUUGAUCUAUUGUAAGUAGUUCCUCUGCAGUCUGGCGCGUUCAAGGUCAGACUUUUCGGGCACUUAUUCUGAUAGUAACGAAAACUUGCUGCGGCACUUGUGCAGCUGGGAAUACAUGAAUUGAAUAAAAAAGAAAAACCAAUGCUUUCAA